UUGCCCUCUCGGAAGCUUUCGGGCUCGGCCACAAAUUCUCUUCUCAAAAUCUCAAAAUCGCAAAAUCGCAAAAUCGCGAAAAGGCUUUCGGCCGGGGAGAGCCUUUGCUCGACUGCUCGGUAUUGUUGCUCGGUUGCUCGAUAUUCUCGCUCGAUUGCUUCUGUGGUUACCGAGGUGUUAUCUUUGAGCAUCCUUCUCUAAUAUUUCAUAUUUAUCACCAGAUAAUAAAAAUUCGUAGAUUGCAAUGGCAAAGCCGGCAUCCAAUGAUAUUCUUACUCUUAUUCGCUCUUUACGUUCAGCUUAUGCAGCGACUCCUACCAAUCUGAAGAUUAUUGAUCUUUAUGUGAUUUUUGCAAUUGCCACAGCUUUUAUUCAGGUGGUUUACAUGGGAAUAGUUGGAUCGUUUCCUUUCAACUCUUUCCUUUCGGGUGUACUCUCUUGUGUGGGCACUGCAGUGCUUGCUGUCUGCCUUCGCAUUCAGGUUAACAAAGAGAACAAGGAAUUUAAGGACCUCCCUCCAGAGCGUGCUUUUGCUGAUUUUGUUCUCUGCAACCUUGUCCUCCAUUUGGUGAUCAUGAACUUCCUAGGCUAAUAUGCUAAAAUUGGCUUGGGGAUGAAUCAUAAAUACUUCCUUCGGCGUGAGGAAAUCGCUCAUUUUGGAUCUUUGAAAUUUUAUUGAAGACCUUGAUGUUAUGUUAGUCUGAUAGAUUUUGUUUUAAAAUAACUGAUGAGACACACCCUGUUUCUUCUUCCGAGAGCGCUCAGUUAUUGGGACUGAUUUAUUUAAAUUAUGGCUUGCGUAUGGACCUGGUUCUCCAACUACUGCUUAUUGUGUUUUGCUUUUAUUCAUGUCAUUGAUCUUAUUUCAAUUUCAAAUGAAAACAUGCGCCUCAAAUUUCAUUCAAAAUG